GCUAUGGCGGUUCUCGGGGCGGCGUCUCCGACUGUGCUUCCAGGCGAAUGCACGAGCGCGUCGUGGGAUUCUCUCGCAGCGCGGCAGGCGCGCAUUUCAUGCACAAGGCGUGGUUUCGUGUGCGCUGCUGCUGCUGCUGCUACCAAUGGGCGCCCUGGAGCAUCGUCUUCGUCCGGUCCUGGUGAGCGCCAAGAGUAUAGAUUCUUCGAGGAGAGCGACGGAGGGAGAGAAAACAAGAGUGCUGCGACCAAGAACAAGAGAGUGGGAGACAGUGGUCCAGGGACUUUUGGAGACAGGCCUUAUAGAACGAUUCCGGGGCUGGGGAAGUUCUACCUGGACGAAUUGGACGUGAUAACGCUGCUGGAUCCGCCAUACUUGUCGCCUCUAGAUCCGGCGAGCUACAACCAUGCGUCUUUCAUCUGGAAGAAGAUUGGAGAUGUCCCGGAGGAGCGAAGAGCUCGGCUUUUGGAGCUAAUCCAUCCCAGUCUCAUGCAGUCGAUGUGGGAGGUGACUGGAAAACGCUAUGACAGCCCCAAAUUGUUUGCCGGGGACGCGUUUACUCUUCUUCCAGCUCCCGAAAUCGAGGAACCAUACAAGAAAACGAUCUGGCAUGGAAAGGUUGGAGGAGAUUUCUGGCCAUGGAGCUGGUUGAGAGACAUAACAAUCGAGUUUUUCGUGUCCAAGGACGAUGGUAUUUAUGGCCAACUUAGCUGCUCGGGCUUGUUUGGGAGUGUUGUUUCACGCUACAUGCCUUUGUACUUCAAAGUCCAACAGGCAGAGUUUGUGUCUGUUACAAAUGACGAAUGCGAUAUGGUUCUCGAUUUUAGCAGCGGCCAUCUCCAUCUCAAAGACGAGCUGCCGUCCUCUUUUCGAAAACCAGAAAAGCUUUCGUGGCCACUGGAAAACUUCGUGGCUUACAUCCGGCCGGCUGGUCCUGGUGUUCUCGUCGGCCAGCUAUGGCAGAAGCGUAGCGAUGCAAAGGAGGCGCCUCCGUUGAAACUAGGAAAGCUGGUCAUUGUGAAAGGCGUUUGACCCAAUCUUUUCAAAGUGCAUUGUUUAUAAGAAGACAUUAUUCUUAAAUCAUUGCGCAAUCAAGCUCACUUUCAUCC